CCAAGGGAUCAGAAACUUGUGUUCACUCAUAUUUUGAAUAUGCUUCUUUUCCCAUAGCACAAUCAAUGAUCUUGCCUGUCCCACCGACAAUUUGUUUCCUAGAAGCCUGAGAAUCUUAAUAAACCACGUCUUCGAAUUGCGGGGGAGAAAUAUCCAAGUCGAGUUUCCAGCCUCCGCCUGCAAUCCUAUUAAUUCGAAAUAGCAGCCCAAAGAAAUCAACUCGAAAUGCCUGAUCUUACCGGAGACCCCAAGUCGCAUGAUGUUGCUCAACUCGCAGAGGGGCUUUCUGGCACAUGCCUGUGUGAGUCAGUGAAAGUGACAAUCCAUGAUCGCGAUCUGUUCACAAGGAGGAGGGGCCAUAUAUGCCAUUGUGCGAACUGUCGAAAAGUCUCUGGUAGUUUUGCUGCCAGUAACCUCAUCAUCGAGGAAGCCAAGGUCGACAUUGACGACCGAGAGGGCACUCUCACCAAGUUCCUGGAUACCCAAACUGGAAGCGGCACACCACUUGACAGAUAUUUUUGCUCACGCUGUGGAAAUCCUAUCAAGUCUGUCACACCUCUCUAUCCGGAAAAAGUUGUCCUGAAAAUGGGAUUGUUUCCAAGGAUUCCAGCACCAGAGUUUGAGACGUUCUCUCUGCAUAGACAUGAGUGGCAGGGCUCCCACCCCGACGUGGACAAGUACAAAAUCAAAGCGUUCGCAGAGAGGCUGUAGUGCACAACUCAGCUAGUCGGCACUUGGGUAGUUCAAGGAGGAAGAACAUCGGAAAUAGUUAGGAGUGCCGCUAUAUCUCAACUUCGGAGUUAUUAUAUAUAACGCCGCGACUUUAACGUUGUAUUGCUCGUAUUCAAAGCAUUGGAAUUUGGGACUUUUGUCAAUAAAGCAAGAAUAUCGAAGCUCCACAGCGAAGCCAUCCUUUGGCUACAAAUAUUUACCACAUUUAUCUCUCAGAGCUGUCAUAUUCUAAUC